AUGGCUCUCCUCGUCCACCUGCUGCUCUGUGCAGCGCUCAUCGCUCUGGCGCAAACUUACUCCACUGAAAACAUGAAGGAGGCGAUUCUACAGAAACUCGGACUAACAGAGCUGCCCAGGAUCCAGAAGAGAGAUUUAGAAAACCUGGUGGUUCCGAAUCACAUCAAGAGCAAGUAUCUGUCCAUGCUGAAACUGCACCACUCUCGGAGGCGAAGGUCUCUGCCCAGUUUGGCGGGAAUCCUCAGGCGUAUCCAUGGUGAUACAGAUAUCACAGGAGAAAUUAAAUACUCAGACAUGACUCGACAACAUCUAGUGUUUGACAUGGAGACACGACUGAAAGAAAACAGUGAGGUGGCCAUGGCAGAGCUCAAACUUUACCAGACCGCUCCGCGUAAGAUGCCUGUGACCGAGAAGAAGAAGCACAGACCUGUCAAUCAUGCCCGAGUGAGCAUAUACUGGGUGUGCAGCGAGUCCAACCAUACCUCACUGGUAGACUCAAGGUUGGUGCCAGUGAACGAGGUCGGCUUGAGGAGUUUUGACGUGACCCAGGCGGUUCAAUAUUGGUCCAAGUCACUGACCAAAAGCCCACUGCAUUUGGAGGUGCGGAUCGAAGGAGAGAGGCCUGGGAGUCAUGCAGCCGAAAUGGCAAAGCGGGUGCGAUUCACCACGCAGACCGGACUCGACCAGACUGCAGGGACACCUGAACUCGUGCUGUACACCUUGAACUUGGAGGAAUAUGGGUCCUUGGGUGACUGCAAGCGCGGCGCGGACAAUCAGGCGUGCUGUCGAGAGGAGCAUUACAUCAACUUCCGAGAAGUAACGUGGGCGCAGUACUGGAUCCUAGAGCCCGCCGGAUACCAGGCAUUCCGCUGCACGGGAGGAUGUAAGCAGCCAAAGCGUAAUUACGGCUACGGACCAAGAUCCUGCUCAGUAGUCGAAAGCGCACCUCUGCCGGUUAUGUACCUGCUGAAGAAAGGGGACUACACUCAGAUCGAAGUGGCCGAAUUUCCCAACAUGAUCGUUGAGAAGUGCGGAUGUUCCAUGGACAAGAUAUCCACAGUUUAAAGAUAUCCACGUGGACUUCUCACUAUUUUUUAUUACCUUAAGCACUUGAAAUAAUACUACAUAUUAUAUUGUCUUGAGUCACGUUAUUUUUUUAAUUUUGCACCACU